CAGUGAUCUAGGAAAUCCCAGCUUCAUUUGAAAUUUCAGACCUAUAAAGAAGCCGUUGGGUAGUGACGAUGAUAGCGAAGAGGAUGAGGACUACAAUGGUGAUGAUGAAGAGGAGGAGGUUGAUGGAAGUGGAUCUGAUUCAGAUAUGUCUGAUGCUAGCGAAGUUGAUGAAGAUGGCGUUGAAGAUGUCACGGAGGAGUCUAAUGAAAAGGCUGAUAAAACCACUGAUGACUUGCCGGAGUCUGUCGAUCUGUUCGAUAGCGCCACCGCUGGCAGUAUGAUUAAGGAGAACCACGGCCAUACAAACGACCUGUCUUCAAGUCUAACUGAAAAGGCUGAUGACGAAUUCAAAAGACCUGCUGGAUGUACUCAGGAUAAGGAGGCGUCACCGAGGCUUCAUCCUGUUGAAGUAGGUCGCUAA